GACGAUGAGGCGGCGCGGCCGGAGCGGCGGCGGGAAGCGGAGGCGGAGGUGACGCGCCGGGGCCGGCGGGCCGGGCCAUGCAGCGCUCCCGGGCGGCUGCGGACGAGGCGGCUCUGCUCCUGGCCGGGCUGGCCCUGCGGGAGCUGGAGCCGGGCGGCGACUCUCUGGGCCGGGGUCGGCGGGGACCGAGGCCCGGGCCGGGAGACGAGGCGGCGCAGGCGCUGGGCCGCAGAGGGCAGGGCGGCGGCGGCGGCCCCGAGGCCGGGGCGGACGGACUGAGCCGCGGGGAGCGAGGCCCGCGGCGCGCGGCGGUCCCCGAGCUCAGCACGCAGCCGGCGGGCAGCCCGCGGGCCAGCCUGGCGGGCUCCGACGGCGGCGGCGGCGGCGGCGGCAGUGGCAGCGCCCGCUCCAGCGGCAUCAGCCUGGGCUACGACCAACGCCACGGCAGCCCGCGCUCGGGCCGCUCGGACCCGCGCCCGGGCCCCGGGCCGCCGUCGGUGGGCAGCGCCCGCUCCAGCGUGUCCAGCCUCGGCUCUCGCGGCUCGGCCGGCGCCUACCCUGACCUGCUCUUGCCCGGCGCCUGUCCCGCGCCGGCUCGCUCCCCGGAGCCGGCCGGGCCGGCCCCCUUCGCUCUGCCUUCGCUCCAGCUGCCCCCGGGCCGGGAAGGCGGCCCGAGCGCGGCGGAGCGGCGGCUGGAGGCGCUGACCCGAGAGCUGGAGCGAGCGCUGGAGGCGCGCACGGCGCGGGAUUACUUCGGCAUUUGCAUCAAGUGUGGGCUUGGCAUCUACGGAGCAAGGCAGGCGUGCCAGGCAAUGGGGAGCCUGUAUCACACUGAUUGCUUCACCUGCAACUCCUGUGGGAGACGGCUUCGCGGGAAGGCAUUCUACAAUGUGGGUGAGAAAGUGUACUGCCAGGAGGACUUCCUGUACUCCGGGUUCCAGCAAACGGCUGACAAGUGUAGCGUGUGUGGACACCUCAUCAUGGAGAUGAUCCUUCAGGCCCUUGGGAAGUCCUACCACCCAGGCUGCUUCCGGUGCUCUGUGUGCAACGAGUGCCUGGACGGGGUACCCUUCACUGUGGACGUGGAGAACAACAUCUACUGUGUCCGAGAUUACCACUCGGUUUUUGCACCAAAGUGUGCCUCCUGUGCCCGUCCUAUCCUCCCUGCACAGGGCUGUGAGACCACCAUCCGUGUGGUGUCCAUGGACAGAGACUACCAUGUGGAAUGCUAUCACUGUGAGGACUGCGGGCUGCAGCUGAGCGGGGAGGAUGGACGCCGCUGCUACCCCCUGGAGGGCCACCUGCUGUGCCGCCGCUGCCACCUGCGGCGCCUCCGACCCGGGCCACUUCCCUCACCUGCUGUGCACGUCACGGAGCUCUGAGCUGGAGCUCCGAGCUGGGGCGGGGAGCCAGACUCUGGGGCCGUCUGUGCGCGCAGGCGCCCGUGUUUGUGUGUGUGCGCAGGCGCGCGUGUUCUUGCGUGUGUGUUUUUGCGCGCGCGCGCGCGCGGCCGAUGGCUGAAGCAGGUCAGUGUCGGGGCUUCGUGCCGGCGGGCGCGGCCGCUGGCUCCCCCCCGCCCCCUCCCCCCACUCGCCACCGAGCUGCUGUCCGAGGGGCUGGCCCCGCGGCGAAGCUACUAAUAUUUAUUCACCGUUUGUGCCUCCUCAAGCCGCUUCUUCCUCCCGGGCUCUGCCUGCCUCCCGCCGCCACCCCAUCACCAGCCUUCUGUUUCGGAACCCCGCCCUGUGCCCCAUAUCCUCGGGGGCAGGCUCCCAGACCCGCUGAGGGUCUCGGGGUAGAAGAUGGCCAUUACCGAGUGCAGGGGGCGGCCGCCGUCCUCCCACGGGCCCUGGGGCGGGAGCCAGUUUCCCUGUAUAGGUGGGACCUGGGACUCCUUUCAAGAGUGCGCGGGGCGGGGCGGGGCAGUGUGUGGUCUGGCAGGCGGGGGUUUGCAAAGGGCACGCGUGUUUGUUUCAUAAGCGUCUUGCCCAUUGGUAGGUGGGGAGGGUGCCUUGUUUGGCUGGGGUCACUGGAGGAGGUGAGGAAUGACACCCUUGGGGAGUGGAGCCAGCGAAGGAGCCUUGCCUUUGGCCGUUGUGGUCACUUCGGGGUUUGGCCCCCGGGGUUCUAACGGGUGUUUCUAACCCUAGUCCUGCCUGGGUCUUUCCCAUCCCUGGCUCCUCCUUCCUCCUCCCCGGGAAAAGAACACCUCAGGCAGAAUUCCAGCCUCAGGUCUCGGACAAGAGAGACCGCGAGGGGGCGCCCUGCCCACUUGUUGGCAGAAAAGCACUGUGUAUUGGGCUCCACGACAAAAGCAUAUGAUUUGACUUAAAUUAAGUUUUUCCUUUGAGAAUAUUUUCAUUUUCUUUAAAAGAAUAUAGUUUUCUUCUAAAAACUUGGUCCACGGUUGUUAUUUCUUAGGAAAAGUACAAGAAACUCACAAGUGUCCUAUUUGUAUAUCAUAUAGCUAAUGUUCAAGUGGUAAAACAUUGUAGUCUAACUAUUUUUGUAUAAAUUCCUUUGAAAUCUCAAAA